AUGAGCCGCCAGGGACAGCUGGGCUUCGACAGCACGGAGGACGAGGCGGAGGAAGUCCUUAUGGAGUCGACCAAACGCCCUUCCGGCAAGUCCCGUUGGUACUUGGCCGGAGCCGGGGUUUUGGCGGUGCUGGCGGUUGUGGGGUUGGCUAAAGCCGUGAGCCCGUCGGCCCUGACCUUCGGUUCCAAGCACACGAUCAGCAUGCAAGAGGUGCAGCAUUGGGAGGACAUCCCGGGCAUCGACAAGGUGAUCCAGAAGGCUCAGAGCCUGCGGCAUGAUAAGCCCCUGCGCAACUUGCAGGACCUUUUCUACGCCCCGGAUCGCAUGCUCCCCACCCGAAAGUGGACGCAGUUCGUCCCAGCCGGCGCCGCACCAGCCGUGGAGAAGUACGUGAACAUCAUCAGCUCCUUUGCUUGGAUCUCUCAGUUCACGGCCCUUGCGGUGUCUGAUUGCGCAGUGGGCGUGGACCAGAAGGCCUUGUGCACUGCUGACAUCUCCGAUGCUGGGCAUUGCUGGGCAAGAGCUAGUCUUAGAGGUGGUACAGCAAGUACAGUACUGCAUCGGGGUUAG